AUGUCGGCGGCGCGGACCCAGAAGGAGGGCGAGGGGAAGGAGUCUCUGGGUCUGAGUCCUAAAGAGCUGGUCUUGGCUGAGGCCUUGCAGAUGGAGUACGACGCUCUCUCCAGGCUCAAGCGGGACAAAAAGAGCCCCGAGGCCCCUCGUGCCACUCCGUCCCUGACUGGACCGCCCCCAGGAGAUCGCCUCUACAUCCCCGACGGCCCCGCCGACUCCCGAACGCUCCCUAAAAACUUCCCUGACGAGGACGACGAGCCCCCCGCCAUUCCGCCCCGGAACCCCGUCCCGCCGCCCUCAUCUUCGCUGAGGGAUGUCAAUGUAUACACGCCUGACGCGACGGACAACUUGACGGCACAGGCCGAUGGUGGCCGAGGCGAGCGGCCAGGGAAGCCUGUGGGGCGGAGUGACACCCUCCCGCCUCGGGUUCCGCCCAGGACGUACGCGCCAAUUGCCAAAAGCGACAAGAACCGUCGCCGGGCCUCAGCAGAGCCGGUGACUGCGGCCUUCCGGAUGAACGGCUCGGGCUACCAACUCUUCCAGGUGUCGGAGGAGCGGGACGAGGAGGUCGCAGCCUUCUGCCACAUGCUAGACGUGCUGCGUUCGGCGUUCCCGCAUGGUGACCUCUCCAAAAACGCCGGCCUGGUUUGGUCGCCAUGGGAGGAGCUCCACCAGAGCGCAGGGGUUAGCGUCAAGGUGACUGUCAUCAGCGCGCUCUUCAGGGAGCCGCUCACCUUCACCUGUGACGGUUCAACCACCGUUGACCUGAUCAUCUACCAGACGCUGUGCUACGCUCACGACGACCUGGACCGCCUGGAUGUGGAAGACUACCUGCUCAAGGUCUGCGGACUGGACGAGUACCUCCAAAACUGUCAGACUUUGGCAGGUUUGGAGUUUGUGCAAGAGUGUUUGAAGUUUGAGCGUGACGUCCGACUGAUCCUGACCGAGAGAUCGGCCGUCGACACGGAGCUGGCGCGCACGAAUAACGACGACCAGCUGGCAUCCACUUUGAACCACGGCAUCCUGCUGCAGGAGCGACCCAUCAAACAGACAGUCACCAGGGAAGCGCUGACGCUGCUGCUGGACACGUUCCACAACGAGGCAGAGUCCUUUGCGCUGUCUGAGGUGGACCUGGGACCGCGUGUGGAGCGGCUGGUGCAGUCGGUGAAGGCACUGUGCAGCUCUCUGGCGGCCGUGGAGACGCCCGACAUAACGGCGGCGCUGGGGCGCCUGCCCGCCUGCCCAUGCCGACCUCAGCCCAAAGUGCUCAAGGACGCAUCGGCGCUGUCGGUCAAGGAGAACCGAGAGAAAGUGGUGGAGGGGUUGACGGCAGCCAUCUUGGACCUGGUAGAGCUGUACUGCGGCACAUUCAACGCCAACUUCCAUACGGUGCCACAGAGCCGCGCCGGGGCCGGCGCCGUCCAGGAAGCCGGACUAACCGCCGGGGUGCUGGCCUUCAAUGUGUACGCCGCGCACCGAGUGCCCGUCACCUGGGCCGCCAGUUACGAGGGCUUCUUCCUGUCGUGCGCGCUGACUCACGGAGGGACGGAGCUGUGCGCGCCCCAGCACACCAGCAAACAGUCGGUCAGCAAAUACCUCUUUCACCUGGUGGUGUGGGACCAGAGGGUGACGUUCCCGCUGCAGAUCAGUCAGCUUCCCCGAGAGACGCAGCUGACGGCCACGCUGUACGCCAGCUGCCUGCCGCCCCCUUGUGGCAGCGGCGAAGACAAGGCCAAACAGAAGCGCGGUGCCGAGGCACUGGGAUGGGUCACUGUGCCGCUUUUUGACUUCAGGCACGUACUGACCAGCGGCAGGAAGUUGUUGGGUUUUUGGCCUUGUGGCCCCGGGGGGAGCGUCAACGCCAGCUCCGGCGAGCCCAAUUUUAGCCAGCCGGACAGUGUCAUCCUACAGGUGGACUUCCCGUUGCGGGCCCACGAAGUCCGCUUCAGCACUCCACCGCCCGCCGACUUUUGCCCUCGUUAUGACUUCUCCAGACUAGACACCCUCAGCCAGGCGACGCUACGAGACAUCUUACACAAAAAGGCCUCCUUCUGGUUGACUGCGGAGGACAAGCGGGCGCUGUGGGAGAAGAAGGCCUUCUGCCAGGCGGAGAGCGGUGCCCUCCCGCUGGUGCUGGCUAGCGCCCCCUGUUGGCAGUGGGCCCUCCUGCCCGACAUCUACGCCCUGCUGCGGCAGUGGGCCUGCCCCGGCCACCCGGACGCCCUGGGCCUAUUGCACGCCUCUUUCCCAGACCAGGAGCUGAGGAGGACAGCCGUCCGGUGGUUGGAGUCUGUCUCUGAAGCUGAGCUUUUGGACUUCCUGCCUCAACUUGUGCAGGCCUUGAAGUCCGAGUGUUACCUGGACAGUGCCCUAGCGCGUUUUCUGUUGCGCCGCGCCACGGGAGACGUCAGUGUGGCUCACUACCUCUUUUGGCUGCUGAAGGACAACCUCCAGGACAGUCAGUUCCGCGCUCGCUAUCAGCACCUGCUGGCCGCCCUGCUGUGCUGCGCGGGUCGCGGCCUUCGCGAGCAGCUUGACCGCCAGUGCUGGCUGGUGUCCAUCUUGGCCAAGGUGGCCCGGAGCGUCCGAGACGCCGCGCCCUCCGCCAGACAGAAUGUCCUUAGAGAAGGUCUGGACGAGAUGAAGCGGUUCUUCUCGCUCAACGGCAGCUGCAGACUUCCCCUUGGCCCGGCGCUGCUGGUCCGGGGAAUCGACGUCCAGGCGUGCUCCUUCUUCAACUCCAAUGCCGUCCCCCUGAAGCUGGCCUUUCAGAACGCUGACCCCUUGGGCGACAACAUCUGCGUCAUCUUCAAGUCAGGCGAGGACCUGCGUCAGGACAUGCUGACGCUGCAAGUCAUCCGCAUCAUGAACAAGAUUUGGAUUCAGGAAGGUUUGGACAUGAGGAUGGUGAUAUUCAAGUGCUUCUCUACGGGCCGAGGCCGAGGCAUGGUAGAGAUGAUCCCUCAGGCCGAUACGCUGAGGAAGAUCCAAGUGGGCCACGGGGUGACUGGUUCCUUCAAGGACCGGCCGCUGGCCGACUGGCUGCAGAAGCACAACCCAGCCGAUGGCCAGUACGACAAGGCCGUGGAGAACUUCAUCUAUUCGUGCGCCGGCUGCUGCGUGGCGACGUACGUUUUGGGGAUCUGUGAUCGGCACAACGACAACAUCAUGCUAAAGACCAGUGGCCACAUGUUCCACAUCGACUUUGGCAAGUUCCUGGGACACGCGCAGAUGUUCGGCAACAUCAAGCGCGACCGGGCUCCCUUUGUCUUCACGUCUGACAUGGCCUACGUCAUCAACGGCGGGGACAAGCCGUCCAGUCGCUUCCACGACUUUGUGGACCUCUGCUGUGAGGCCUACAACCUCAUCCGCAAACACACACAUCUCUUCCUCAACUUACUAGCGCUGAUGUUGUCUUGCGGAAUUCCUGAACUGUCCCGCAUCGACGAUCUCAAGUACGUCUAUGAUGCGCUCAGACCUCACGAAUCCGAAGCAGACGCCACCAUUUACUUCACCAGGUUGAUCGAGUCGAGCUUAGGCAGCGUGGCCACCAAACUCAAUUUCUUCAUCCACAACCUGGCCCAGAUGAAGUUCACUUGCGCAGAGGACGCCCCCUCCUUAUCCUUCGCGCCCCGCGUGCGCUCGGCCAAGAGCGACGGGCUCAUCCGGAGUCUCUACGUCUGCCCGCGGGCGCCCGGAGGCGGCGGAAAAGCUCACACCUACGUGGUGAAGGUGGAGCGCGAAGGGCGGCGUGAGGCACAGUUGGUGCAGAGGACCUUCGAGGAGUUUCACGAACUUCACAGCAAACUAAGGCUCAUGUUUCCCACGUCCAAGCUGCCCAGCUUCCCCGGCCGCUCGGCGAUGGGUCGCUCGCGCAGCGAGGCGGCGGCGGCACGGCGCUGCGACGAACUCAACGGCUACGUGUGGCAUCUGGUGCACGCUGCAGAGGACGUGGCGCAGUGUGACCUGGUGUAUACCUUCUUCUACCCUCUACCCAGAGACGAACAGCCCGGACCCAGCGGCAGCAAAGCAGAGAGCCGUCCUUCGGGCAAAGAGUCGGGCGAGGUCAAACUGUCCAUCUGCUACCGAAACGACAAACUCUUCAUCAUGGUCAUGCACAUACGAGGACUGCAGCCGCUCCAGGACGGCACUGACCCCGACCCGUACGUCAAAGUCUACCUCCUGCCCGAUCCGCAGAAGACCAGCAAGAGGAAGACCAAAGCGGCGAGGCGCACCUGCAACCCCACCUACAACGAAAUGCUGGUGUACGAGCGCAUCCCGUGCGGCGACCUGCAGCGCCUGGUGCUUCACGUGCGCGCACUGGCCGACUGCGCCUUCUGGGACAGCACCCUACUGGGCGAGGCCUUCGUCCCACUGGGGCGCCUGGUCCCCGGGCGACACUGGGUAGACUGGCACCCGCUUGGCGCUGCUAAAGCCUGA